UAUCCAUUCGGGCCCGUCCAUUUUGUUAUGCCCUCUUCCAUUGAUAUGGCGGAGAUGGAUGACGGAGACGACUCGAGUUUGGUUCAUACGCAUACUGGCACUUCUGGGUCGAAAUCUGGAGGAGACAAAAUGUUUUCCCUGAAGAAAUGGAAUGCUGUAGCAAUGUGGAGCUGGGACGUCGAGUGCGAUACCUGCGCCAUUUGCAGAGUGCAAGUUAUGGAUGCCUGUCUACGUUGUCAAGCCGAGAAUAAACAGGAGGACUGUGUCGUGGUGUGGGGAGAGUGUAAUCACUCCUUCCACAACUGCUGCAUGUCUCUUUGGGUGAAGCAGAACAACCGCUGUCCUUUAUGUCAACAAGACUGGGUGGUGCAAAGGAUUGGGAAGUGAAACCACACAUACACCUGGACUGGAAGAGGAGGCAACAUCUCACUUCAUUUCUCCUGUAUGCACUUCUUUUCGGCUCCUAAACCAAUGCUCCCUGUGUGAGGGAGAAUUCUGGAACACAACCUUGUUGAAUGUGCUCAGUUCAGGUCACUAGGCUCCAUCCUUCCCCUUGCCCACUUCUGUGGGGGUGGGGUGGGGUGUCAGAGCUGAAUUUAUUCACUGGCUUAUUACAUUUUUUAUUUUGGGUGCAUGAACAUUCUUUUUCUGUGUUUCUUUGAAUUAAUUCUUUGUGUACAGAACCACAUAUUAGUCAAGUAUGAUGUAAUAAAAUAAUUUAAAUAUU